AUCUUUACCAGUGUGAUCUGGGCUCGAUUAUCAAGAUGGCCGUCGCAAGAGGUGCAAUGAUUGUGUUCGAAGGUUGUGAUCGUUGUGGAAAGUCAACUCAAUGUUUGAAACUCGUCGAAUAUUUACGAUCAGCGGGAAGGAAGGUAGAACUGUUCAGAUUCCCUGACAGAUCUACAGCAAUUGGAAAGACAAUUGAUUCCUAUCUCCAAGGAAGAUCUGAGCUUGAUGAUCAUGCUAUUCAUUUGAUGUUCUCAGCCAACAGAUGGGAAAUGAAGUCAAAGAUGAAGAGAUUGCUAGAAGAAGGAACCACACUUGUUAUAGACAGAUAUGCAUAUUCAGGAGUUGCUUUUACUGCAGCAAAACAUAAUUUUGAUCUCCGUUGGUGCAAACUUCCAGACAGUGGUUUGAUUGCUCCUGAUAUUGUCCUGUAUUUGGACAUGCCUCUUGAGGAAGCUGCAAAACGUGGACAAUAUGGUGGGGAGAGAUACGAGAAAUUGGAAUUUCAAAGAAGAGUUUCUAAUAUUUAUUCUGUUCUGAAGGAAGAAAAUUGGAAGGUUCUAAAUGCCUCAAAAACAAUUGAUGAUCUUCACUUAGACAUCAAAGAAAUCGUGGAAAAUACAAUAAACACUUCUCAAAAUACCAAACUUAAGUCAUUGUGGCCUUUGACAAGCACAUAAUAAUAUAUCAUUACCGAUUUUAUUCAAUUUUACCAUGCACACACAGGAUUCCUGUAUGGCUGUAUUAUGAAGGUAUUUUAAUGGGUGUCAAUUACAACCUAACAUAAUUCGCACAUAUACUCUAGCAUUUUUACUUCAUAAUGAUAGAUGUACAUUUUGGAGUGUAUUUUAAUAGAUUUUUAAUUUUUAAAAUAAGGUUAAUAAACUAUUUAAUGUUAUUAUCAAACUUUCAUGUCUCAUUUUUGCAUCCACCAUCCUAAAAUCCAGUUGCACACCAGGCUGAUUUGAGAAAGAAAUUGUCUUCUAAAACCAAAAAUUAUAAGAAAAAAAGGUUUUAGAAAUUAAAAAUUUUAGCUAUUUAGCAGAAUAUGUUGAUCCAAUCUGACAACUUCAUCUUACUGAAAUUGUUCCAUAUUCAUUAAAAACAAAGAUGCCAAAGAAAUACGGUCACAAUUAAUUUUUCAUUCGGAUAUGACCAUUUUCGCACAACUUUUUAGUACCUUCAUUAUUUUUAUUUUUUGUUUUUAAUUUGGUUAAUAUGCAUAUUAACAGUUGCGUUUCGCGCCCUUCCACAAGUAUAGAAGCAAGAACGCUGAUAAAUCUCUCCAGACGGCAGUCAAAAUUAAAUAACAUUCUUACGUCUCUUUUGAAUAAGUUAACUUGAAUAUUAUGCACUGAAUAUGUAGUUGUAGAC